CAAGCCCAAUGUUAGAAACAAAUUGUCAUCAGGGAAGACGAGAGAUCGCGACCUGUUUGUAGUUCUAUCUUGAUUUGUUGUUGCAUCUUUCACUUUCUCGGCCAGCAUCUCAGGACGAGCUUGUUAUAUCCAAAGAACCCCUCGUCAAGAAAGAUGUCUUCAGAGGUGACGCGUGAAGGUCGUGCUUUGGGGUCUCUCCAGGAGAGGUUCCAGAGUUUCGAGAAGACGAUGGAGGAAGAGACAAAACGGAGAAGGGAGGCUGAAGAUUCGAAAUUGCACGUCAUGCGGGAAUCCAUGGGGAAGCUAGAAAAAACGUUAAACAGCGAAAUCAAGAGGCGAGUGGAGUCGAAUAAGGUUUUUCCGCUGCUCGUUUUUUUCACCGUGCUCGUUAGCUAGUUUGGAUUAACUCGAUGUCUACCGAACAGCAGCAGAAAUUAUGUUGAUCAUUCUUACUAGUGAUCAGAACUUCCCCUUUGAUACAAUUAUUUCUUCAAUCUUGCAGAGCCUACAGAUAUUCCUACUUGGAACUGCAAAUACAGGCUCUCCAAGGCAUGUUUGAGGCCCAGAUCGGGACGGUGGAGGAGAAGUUAGAAGCGAUUUUCGUCGAAAAGCUGAACCAUCUUCAAUUGGCUGUAGACGAACUCUCUGACCGAAUGUCCCUAGUUGAGAGGGAUUUUGCCACGGAGCGCGACCGCUACAUCCGAGAUUUAGAGGACAAAAGUCAAAUUUAUGUUUGGAAUUGGAUUUUAUGAUGAAGAGCACUUCUCCGAGGCAUGCACAGGCUCCCGCCGCCUUCGACGAGAAGACCUCUAGGGCAGUAUAGGACAACAGCGCGGCGCCUAAAUUAAACGGAUCCUAAAUUGACUCCUUAGAACUUACAAAGAUUGUAUAGACUAAAUUUUCCUUCCUCACAAAACCCAGCCCCAACACAGGCAUUCAGGUAAAAGAAACAAGCAGAAGCUGAAACAGUGACGAUCUUCCGUUCCUGUUAAAGUACACCACGGCUUCAUGAAUCAAAGGGUAGUAGUACCCCUAUUUGCAUUUAUGUUUUUUUUUUGCGUUAGGACUACAUGCCACCGCCCUUCCAAACAAUUAAUUACCACUAUUUACGAUGAAGAUGUGUGCAGUUGAAAUAAAUGGACAUCAUAGAAUACUCCAUCAUAGUAAGUCGCUCGCUAUCUUCGUCGAGGUAAUUAUGGUUACAAUUUCGAGAGCGUUGCCACUUUCUAACAAAUGGUAUCAAAAGAUGUGCAGGUGCUGCAGGAGACGUUCGAUAGCGAAAAGGCAAAAAGAAACGAGCGGGACAACAUGAUACAAAAGCGGUACUACUAGCCACAUCUUGUGAACCGGCAGUCUUUCCAUGCUGGCCUUCUCUUGUGCUUGAUCAUUUUUUUUUGUUUUCUUCCCUGUCAUUACCAAAGAUGAAAUGGUCUUAGCUGGCUCUUCUGAAAUUUUUUCAGAUUGCUGGAGCAUGAGCAGCGGGCCGAAGCGCGCUUGGAGCAGGAACGAGUAUCGCGGGAAGAAACGUAUGGGGAACUGAAGGACCAGUUGGAAGAGGCGAAGCGGCAUCGUGCGCGAGGAGACGAGAAAUUUCAGACCUUCAUACUGGAAGAAGUGGCUAGUUUGAAGAACGGACUGGUACUGGAAUCCGAAGCAAGAGAGCAGGCAGACGACGACAUAGUGCAAGCGUUAAAUCACUACACAAAAGCACUACAAGACGCCUUGAGGAUUGUGAAUCAGCCGUGAUGAAGCAGGUUAUACCACUGAUUUUUUUUGCAAAUAUGUCAGACUUUGAAAAAAUGCAAGUUUUGUGCACCAAGUGAAUAUAGCAAAGUGAAG